AAUUAAGUUCUCUUAUGCUGAGGAAUAUUUAGGUCAUAAAAAACAAGUUGGGACCCUUUCUGUGUAGUUCCAUCGCAUCAAACCCUGGCAAUGGCAGCUACGGCAAUACAGAGGUUCCCCCAACACAAAUACGUAGACGCAGUUCGCUGGCUUCCCCUACAAUCCGCAUUCGACCGAUUCGCAGUUUUGGCACUCUUCGACUUCGAUUCCGAUGCUUCCUCCAUCGAAAUCCACUCUCUCAACCCAAACCCCCGCUCAUUGGAACCACACUCUUCGUGGUCCUCUCCUUCCCGCGUUUCCUCCCUCAAGGCCUCGCACUUCCUCCAGAAGCCCCUCAUUGUCGCUUCCACUUCCUCCGGUUCUCUCCACUUCCUCUUCUCCGAUUCCUCCGUCGCAACGCUCGAGUCCGAGGUCUCCAUUCCCGAGGGCGCGCUGCAUUCCGUUCCCGCUUCUUGCGUUGACCUAUUGGACGGUGGCGUCGAGUGCGUGACCGUUGGGGAAGAUGGGAAGGUCAACUUGGUUGGUAUUGGGGAUUCCAAUUUGAACUACCGGAGGUUGUUUGAUAGCGCCGGCCUGGUCUCCUACACGGCGGUGAGCUGGGCGUCUCCGAUGGAGUUCGCCACCGGUGGCUACGGCUUCGGUCUUCAUUGGUGGGACCAACGGAAACCGGGAGGUCCGGUUUCUCAAUUUAAGGGUAACUGGGAUAAAAAAUUGACAUCUGGGAUUGUGCACUCUAUUGAUAUUCAUCCGUCGCGAAAGCAUACUUGCCUGGCUGGUGGUUCCUUAGGUACUGUUUUUGCCUGGGAUCUUAGGUGGCAGCAACAACCGAUUAUACUUUCAGGCGCAGGGGCUGGUGCUGGUGGCAACACUGCUGUCCAGUCAAUAUCUGAAAGUGAGGUUUGGGAGGUUCAGUAUGAUCGUUGUAUAAAACCAAAUACUUCAUCUACCCGGAUCUUACCUUCCAUGAUCUGCUCUGAGGAUGGAAUUCUCGGUGUGAUUGAGCAAGGCGAGGAACCUAUUGAGCUGCUGGCUGAACCUUGUGCCAUCAAUAGCUUUGAUAUUGAUCGACAUAAUCCAUCGGAUGUGAUAUGUAGUUUAGAAUGGGAAGCAGUAGCCAUAUUGACAAGACAAUAACAUUCGGGGUUUCUACUUUUUGGUGGCUUGAAUUUCAGAAAGUUUGUAACUGAUAGAAGGAGUGGAGCUCUUAACGGACAAUUUGUGUUUUUUAUGUAUUCCGGAAUGUUCUAUUCCUUUUCUAAAGCCAUUUGCAUGCAAAUGGAUUUUGGGAUUGUACAAUAUGUAGCAUGUGUAUAAUUGACUUUACACAUUGGAUCAAUGCUACUACCAUCCGCUUUGCCUAAAAUGUAUUGCCUGGUGGUUAAUGCUGGUGGGAUCUGUAUCCCAGAUAUCAUGGUAUCUAUCAACUAUUUGAUUCCUAUGCUGUUUUAACUUUUAACCUGAUCACGUAAAAGUUAAAACAGUUGAUAUUGCAAUACCAUAGUCAGUAUGUUGUAUAGAAGAAAAUGUCUUUAAAUUGUGCAAAAUCAGAUUUUAUUCUAUGCACUCGACCUUGAUAUUCAUUUGACAGCCCUACUAUGUCAAUUACAAUCUUUGCAAA